AUGGUGCCGGUGCCUUUUAUUAAAGUAAAGGUUGAAGAGAAGCUCUCCCGGCGUAAUGCAGCCCACGAGCCACCUUUGAAUUGUGCCAGGUCGACUGUAGCCACAGCUUCGUCACACAAAGCUCAUGAGAUAUCAAAUGGAAGGCAACACAGUUCUCACGGGUAUCUUUUUUCUAGUCGCUUGGCAGCUAGUACAAAAGGCCGUGUCCCGGUUGUUCCAUAUUCAGCAGAUGCCAUAGCUGAGUAUAACUCCAUUAAAAUGCGCCCAUCUAAAGCAAAUCAUAGCAUCGAUCCGACAGCACAGUCGUCCCCAAUUAACCGUGCGACUGUAUUCCCCAAGACUUACGCUUCACCCGUAGGAGUAACUCUUCGCCCGCAGGCUCAAUGUCAUGAGCGAUCUCCUAGUUCUAUCGUCUGCCAACCUAUUUCAAAACAAACAGCGCCUACUAUUCUUGCUACACACAUGACCAACAUGGAAAAGAUCAAAGAGCAUGAGGCCUUUAUCAUGCAAUCUCCCCUGUCACAAGUGUCACAGAUAUUUAAGCCCUCAGUAGAGCUUAGGUGUGCUGCACUUGAUGCGCAAAGGAGUCGGUCUGACAUUUUGCAUAGCGCUCUUUGUAACAUCAUAUCCAAGAACUAUCACUCUCGCAGGGUACAAAAUGCCGCUAUGCUCUUCCUAGAAAUAGGUGGAUUUUCGCCACGAAUACUAGCUAAUGAGAUGAAGCACUAUAAAAAGAAUCGAUCCAGUAUCAAUCCUAAUGCAGCAAGGCUUACUUGUAACGUAGAAGAAUCAGCAACAUCCCUUAGCUGCAGUACAUUUUCUGAAAUAGCCCCAGCACAUGUCAUACGAGAGUUAUCUGCACCCGUCUUUAGUGAAACCGAUAACACUGAUACCGUCCUGGAUGGACCUGCUUUCAAGGAUGUGAAAAGACUAUCUCAUGUUUGGCCAAAUAAAGCACAGCCAAAAUCUUCAGUCACAUGUGUAGCGACUGAGAAGGCUUCGCUGACUCGCUUGCAAUCAGAUAGGUUUUUGCAAAGUUCUUCCACAGGUUGCUUAUUGUCAAGAAAAAGACAUGUAGAAUAUCGACUGCUGGAUGCAGCGUUACCUCCUCCAAAGGAUCUGUCUAGCAGUGAGUCAGAACUAAGCUCUUCCUCCGAUUUAGAUCUAAACUUUGACUCUCUAGUCCAAAAGCGUCGUGAGUUAUUCUCUCGAUCGUUUUCUCUUCCUAAAAAGGGUCCAAGUAUCAAUAAGCAGCCUUUACUGAAGCUUGAAAGCAUGACAGCUAAAACGUCGCCAUCAUCUUUUGUGUCUCCUUCGCGAAAAGCUACUUCUGAUUACAAAUCUCAACCACUAAACCUUGUCUGUGAAGAACACGAACUGCGCCAAGUGGCAAAAGAUGCCAAACUAAGGAAAGCCCGGUCAUUUGGAGAAUUCUCAACAUCACGACGACGAAAGUCAAAAGUAACACAUUUUAUUCCCGAUUUCUCCUGCUUCAAGUCCAGUAGCUCCUUGUCACAGAGUGUUUCGGUGAUAUCAGAGCUAAACGAAUACUACAGUAUUAAUGAAAAGCUAGGAUAUGUUGAAGCAAUUGGACGCUCAGUUAGCAAUCAGUGCAAGGCAGAGUGUUCCCAUACUUAUCUAAGUAACGAAGAAGCCCAGCAUAUGCUAACUCUCUUGUAUAGACAAUACUAUGCCGAUUGUAAAGCAGUGGAUACAACUAGAAGAUACAGAGGCCUCAGACGGAUACAUCACCAUAACACCUAUCCAUACCAGAUUGCCGAAGAAGGAGGACACUAUAAUACACAAAGCAACGAUUACUCUUUGAUAGAAGCAAUCCUAACACAUGUUCAGCAACCAGUAUCACACAGCUACGGUGUAUCUCAUUCAAUAAUCUCAUACUGCAACGCUUCUCUGCAUGAGUGUCGCAUGGGCACAUUGUUUGAGACAUUAUCUCUUGCCAGAAGCUUCCUGUAUAUUGUUGAUUUUCAUCUGGACAUGGACACAUACUUUCCCCAGGUUCUAGCUCUUAUGCUUCAGGAGCAUUCACAACGAGCUCAACCAACUUUUGACUUGAUGAAUGAUCCUCCGUGCAUUCUUUCAGCAGACAACCCGGUCAUAAAUAAGACUGAAAUCCCCAUUUUAAAGAUACGCAGCCUAUUUGUAGAUCUAUCUAAUAGCGGAUUGAUGGAUAGAGCAGCUACCGUGUUGAAUGACUGUGUCAACAAGCGAUUCUUUGAUCUGUACAUGUUGUUCACGAUUCAAUCCUUUGCAGAUUCAUUCAGUGAUAUUAACAUAUGGGAAGUAGGUCUUUCCUGGGAGUUAGCUUUCAAAUUAUGUUAUCGUAUCCUUUUUGCUAAUGAGGAUAGUCACCCCAUCAUUUCAUGGACACCAUAUGGAGACGUUUCUUACCUCAUCAGCCUUGCUGUAUUCACUGGCCGUUGCGCUGAUGGAAUAUUCAACAUUAUUGACUGCAAAGAGAGCCUGUUGUAUACCCUGAUUCUAAAUUAUUCUAUCUACGAAGCAACCUAUAUUCUUCUUAGCACAUAUAAACGCUACGAAGAUAGACACAGCCCUUCAAUUUCCGAGACAUCUCCUUCAGCAUCAUCUGCCCACCCCGGGCCACCUAACUGGCAGACUGGGAGCAUCUUUGAGAUUUUCACUGCAGAUCUUCCAAUCCAGUUUACUGAGCAAUAUGCAGAAACAAGCCCUUCUAUCGGGACCCAUUUCACCACCUUUCAAUGGCUCAUCGGUCUGCAAAUAACCAUUGAUUUUCGCCUUUUUGAGGCACUUGGGCUUCUCAUACAAAAUUCACAUAUAAGUAUUUUACUUUCCAAUCUUCGUCGAUUGAAAUUUCUAUUGAUUCUUUUAAUUCAUUUAUUACACGGCUACGUUCUCUCAAACAUACACACUCCAGGUACUCAGGAGUAUACAGACCCUCAACCAGUUAUCGUGCUUAAGUCUGGUAAGCUAAGUAUUAAAGAUCCAUUUUUGGUUACCAAUCUUCUUUACGCAAUAGGAUCAAUAUUGGGUAUUCUGUUGGACAAGAAGCUAGCACAAGAACAACUCAAGCUUAGUUUGCUUUCUAGCACCGCAGAGAAGAUGAAUCCAGAAACUAAGGAGGCUAUUUACGAUCUAACCUGUCUUCAAAGCUACUGCAUACGCAUGCUUCUUCUUCUGCUACCGUAUUUUCUUGAUGAUAAAGAGCUGGACCUGGAUUCAGAAGUGCGUGAGUACGGCUUGACCUGCAUCUAUGCUUCGCCGUCUCAAGAUCUCUACGGACUUGUCCCACCGUAUAUCCUCCUGCAUGACAUACGACAUAUUUACGGUCGUCUAGACUUUAUUCUUCCCCCAGAGAGUCUUCCAGCUCAGCAUAUUAUUCUCAAGCAUUAUUGCGCCGGUUUUCUCAUAAGGACUAUUCGCUCUGCAAUCUCCUUUAAUACCAUUAGUGAUUUGGAUAGUCUGUCAUUUAUGCGAAAUCCUUUGUGCCUCUCUGUUUUCUGGGCACUGCGAAAGCAGCCCUUUGCCGCAAAGUACAAUUUGACGCACUGGUACAUUGACAAAUUUACACAAAUGACCGAUAGAAACUUCAUCUAA